GGAACAGAAAAUGCAGGUUGGGCAGUCUUUUUCUCUUGAGUUGAUACAAACGAAGACUUUCUGGCGACAGGCAACUGCAUUUGAGGUGAAAAGGCUACUGAUUGCCGGAAAGCAGAAAGAGGCUUUACGGGCUGCUCAAGACGGGCAAAUUUGGGGAUGUGCUCUUCUUAUGGCCCGGCAGCUGGGACAGAAGUUCUACACCGACACUACAGCGGAGAUGGCUCAACGUCAGUUUCAACCAGGGUUUCCCCUCCGGACUCUAACUCUUCUUUAUGCUGGUCAACAUGCCGGAGUGUUCGUAGGGAACACUAAUUCGUCGAACGUAACAGCGCUUCAACCUCAACUGGUUCCAGCGUCCGCUGUAGAUGGUGCAACACAGGACGCAGUAGAAGGAAUGCUCGAAGAAUGGCAGGAAAACAUGGCUAUAAUGGCAGUUAACCGAACUAAUGGGGACGAGAGAGUGAUUAUGCAGCUUGGUGAUUGUCUCUGGAGACAUCGAGAUGAGGUAUAUACAUGGUCACACGUUGAUGUUUCUCAUAGUUUUAACUUGCAGAUAUGUGGAGCCCAUAUUUGCUAUCUGGUUGCAAAUGCUAGUUUUAAGCCUUUCUCCCCUCCUGCCAGACUUUGUCUUAUAGGUGCCGACCAUUGUAAGUAUCCACGCACGUACGCUAGUCCAGAAGCUAUCCAGCGAAUGGAAGUGUACGAAUUUGCAAGAGUGACCAGCAAUUCCCAGUUUAUUUUACUUCCAUACAAGCUUAUUUAUGCAUCGAUGCUUGCUGAAGCUGGAAAGAUAAACGAAGCUUUAAGGUAUUGCCUAGCGGUGUUGAAAACAUUGAAAACAGUGGGCCAUGCAGCUGAUGUGUGCAAAAAGCGGCUGUAGCCUUGGAAGAGCGUCUUCAUAUCCACUCUCAGGGACGAUCGACGUCAAUUGUGCAACGGUUUUUUGGCAAUAUUGGUCUACAAAAGAUGAUAGGCCCUUCGCCCCCGAAAGCUUCUGAUAAUGCCGAUAUUAAUAACCAUCCUGCAACAGCUUCUAGCAGAAGCAGUGUAUCACUUGCCUUGUCGGCAUCAAUGGAACCCAUAAGUGAUAUUAUGUAAGUGAUAUUAUGAGAAGAUCCAACAUGCCAGCGAGAAGCAUUUCUGAGCCUGACUUUAGGCCUGCAUAGCUCGUUAGUCCAGCGAAAGGAACGCCAAACAGAGGCGUCUUUACUUCUUUCGUGCAAAGAGCGAUGGGCUUCAUAAAAACACCUUCGAUGGAGGUUUGUAUAAGCUUUGGAAAGAGCGCUAGCUGAUUGAUGGUUGGUCGUGAUGCAGGCAAAGCUUGGCGACAGCAACAAGUUUAGAUACGACGAGACACUGAAGCGCUGGAGCCGAGGCACAAGUGCCAGAGCUUCCGUUGGCUCCUCCUCCCACGGCAAACAAGCUCGUCUCGCGCGUGGAGGAGAACGGCGCUCCUAUUUCCAUGUCUCUGGAGAGGCCACAGCCAACUCCGGAAAGGCCGCAACCGGUUGUGAGUGGAAUCCCACCAAUGCCUCCGAGCAGUAACCAGUACGCAGCUCGCGCACGUCAAAACGUUAGAUCAAGAUAUGUCGAUACAUUCAACAAAGGUAGCAUAACACCAUCCAAGACAUCAUUGGACUCUCCUCCACUGUUUGGCGUGGUGCCAAAGGCAAGCGCAAAGCCUUUGGCUCCAGCGAGAUUUUUCGUGCCUGCGGCCGCUGCUGCCGCUGCUCCAGAUAUCAACAGCAACCAUUCGGUGGAUCCUUCCUCGGCACCGGCCUUUGUCCCCGACACGGCAUUCUCAAACGGGAAUGGACCGUUUGCAGCAGCAGCAUUCGCUCAGCCGGUUGUACAGGAUAUGAGAAGCGAUCCGGGGUCAAUGCCUGAUCAUCUCUUGAGCGGCUCUUCACCAGCAAUGUUCUAUUCGAAUCACUAUCCAGCAGCACCGUCGACCGUCUCGUUGCCGCCACCUCCAGCUCUGGAAGUCACUCCGCCAGUGAUGGUCGAGCAGCAGCAGCAAAACCAACACCAGGAAAGUUUGAUUCAUCAGCACCACCAUCAACAGUCCGGUACAGUGGGAUUCGAAGCUGCCAGUUCCUCCGGAGUGUUUGGAGACGACUUGCAAGAGGUGGAAUUGUAAAUCACACUCCACAAGUAA